UAUAAUUAUUAGUCAAUUAUUUUUAUAACAAACAAAAAAAGUAACUAAAUUAAAAUGACGCAAGAAAAAGUGGAAGAAGUGAUAGCUGCUGCAGGUGAUGAACCUUUUUUGGGAACAUUGGAUAUUGCACUUUUAGUUGUACUCAUAGCAGGUGCUGCCUGGUAUUUUAUGCGUAAUCGCAAAAAAGAAGAAGAACCCAUACGAUCCUACUCAAUACAACCCACCACAGUUAGUACGACGACAGCUGCUGAAAACUCGUUUAUUAAAAAACUGAAAGCUUCAGGACGUAGUUUGGUUGUAUUUUAUGGUUCACAGACUGGCACUGCUGAAGAAUUCGCUGGUCGUUUGGCUAAAGAAGGUAUACGUUAUCGAUUAAAAGGCAUGGUCGCUGAUCCAGAAGAAUGUGAUAUGGAAGAACUUCUACAAUUAAAAGAUAUUUCAAACUCUUUGGCUGUAUUUUGUUUAGCCACAUAUGGUGAAGGUGAUCCAACAGAUAAUGCUAUGGAAUUUUAUGAAUGGAUUACAAAUGGUGAUGCUGAUUUAACUGGUUUAAAUUAUGCGGUAUUUGGAUUGGGUAAUAAAACUUAUGAGCACUACAACAAGGUAGCCAUCUAUGUCGACAAAAGGUUAGAAGAGCUUGGAGCAACCCGCGUGUUUGAACUUGGUCUCGGUGACGAUGACGCAAACAUUGAAGAUGAUUUUAUUACAUGGAAGGAUCGCUUCUGGCCAGCAGUUUGUGACUUCUUCGGUAUUGAGGGCGGUGGUGAGGAAGUACUUAUACGUCAAUAUCGUUUAUUGGAACAAACUGAUGUACAACCUGAUCGUAUAUACACUGGUGAGAUAGCACGUUUGCAUUCGCUACAAAAUCAACGUCCACCUUUCGAUGCCAAAAAUCCCUUCCUUGCGCCAAUACUUGUCAAUCGCGAAUUGCACAAAGCCGGUGGUCGUUCCUGUAUGCAUAUUGAACUUAAUAUUGAUGGCUCUAAAAUGCGUUAUGAUGCUGGCGAUCAUGUAGCUAUGUAUCCUAUUAACGAUCUGGGACUAGUCGAGAAAUUAGGCAAAAUAUGUAAUGCUGAUUUGGAUACUGUUUUCUCUCUAAUCAAUACUGAUACGGAUAGCAGUAAGAAACAUCCAUUCCCUUGUCCUACAACAUAUCGCACUGCCUUGACACAUUAUUUGGAAAUAACUGCCAUACCAAGAACGCAUAUAUUGAAAGAAUUGGCAGAAUAUUGUACAGAUGAAAAUGAUAAGCAAUUCUUACGUAGUAUGGCCUCUAUAACUCCCGAAGGCAAGGAGAAAUAUCAAAGUUGGAUACAAGAUGCUUGCCGUAAUAUUGUGCAUAUACUUGAAGAUAUCAAAUCUUGUAAACCGCCAAUCGAUCACCUUUGUGAAUUGUUGCCACGUUUGCAGCCACGUUAUUAUUCUAUAUCUUCAUCUGCAAAAUUGCAUCCAACCAAUGUUCAUAUAACUGCUGUUUUAGUGGAAUAUGAAACUCCAACUGGUCGCGUGAAUAAAGGUGUUGCUACAACUUACUUGAAAGAUAAGAAACCAGCAGGUAGUGAAAUCAAAGUACCCGUUUUCAUACGCAAAUCGCAGUUUAGACUGCCCACCAAACCAGAGACACCCAUUAUUAUGGUUGGUCCUGGUACUGGUUUAGCACCUUUCAGAGGUUUUAUACAAGAGCGCCAAUUCUUACGUGAUGAAGGUAAGACAGUUGGUGAUACGGUACUUUACUUUGGGUGCAGAAAGAAGAGUGAAGAUUUCAUAUAUGCAGAGGAACUUGAGGAAUAUGUCAAUAAGGGCACCUUAACGCUGAAAACAGCAUUUUCACGUGAUCAAAAAGAAAAAGUUUACGUUACUCAUUUGAUAAACCAGGAUGCAGAUCUUAUAUGGAAUGUUAUUGGAGAGAAUAAAGGGCAUUUCUACAUUUGCGGUGAUGCUAAAAAUAUGGCUGUCGAUGUAAGGGGUAUUUUGGUAAAGAUUUUAACUACUAAAGGCAAUAUGAGUGAGGCUGAUGCUCAGCAAUAUCUGAAAAAGAUGGAGGCACAGAAACGUUAUUCAGCAGAUGUUUGGAGUUAGAAACGAUUGAUUUAUGCGAGCAGAGUCGUUUUCGAGCAAAACAUUCCUCCGCUAAUGAACAAUCUUGCAUGUUUAAUGUUUCAUAAAAACAAGAACAAGUUUAUUAAAUUUUUUUGUAUAUUUAGUUAUGAUUUUAAUUAUUAUAAUUUUAGUAUCCGGUUUGGGAAUAUUUUCCAUUCGUCAAAUUUUAGCAAACAAACGAAAAGAAAAUACGUUUAUGUUUAUUUCUAUUUAAUUUAGAAAUAUGUAUGUAAAAUAAUUUUUAU